AUGAGCCACCAAACACAACCACCGUUCACCUUCGACACUCGCGAUCAAGGGGUGCAGAACGCCAACGUCGGCGGUGGGCCCCAACACAAUAAUAACUCUACCGGGAGCCAGUACAACGUCAGGAAUUAUGGAACAGUUGUCUUCUCCGACAAGGCCGUCGACUCGAAUGUUCUACCAGCUCAAGACUGCUUCAGGUCCCUGGCCUUUCGGGAAAUGGACGGUCGAUCUAUGAACAUUGGUCCGCCCGCCGAGGGCCCAGAAAAGAAACCGCAGCCUAUUGCCAUGAUUCCGUUUGGACGCGAUCCGGACUUCGUGGACCCAGGAUCCCUUGUAGACCGGGUGCAUAAAUUAAGCUCUCGACCUUCAGCCAGAUUGGCAUUAAUUGGCUUUGGCGGAGUUGGGAGCAAAUCUCAGAUCGCCAUCGAAUACACAUACUGGAUUCGAGGGCAAUCACCUAGAGCUUGGGUUUUCUGGGUUCACGCGAGCGACAUUGUGCGAUACGAACAAGGCCUCCGUGAUAUUGCGGAGCAUGUUAAAAUUCCACGUCGUCGAGAUCCAGCUGCCAAUAUCCUUCAGCUUGUUGGUAACUGGCUCCGGGAUCAACAAGAAGAACGAUGGAUUCUCAUCCUUGACAAUGUUGACGAUGACGAAUAUCUUCACAAACCAGCCUUCAAAAAUUCGAAAUCAGCCCGUAAUGAUGAACGAGCUGAGCCACCAAACAAUCUAGGCGGGCUUUCUGAGAAAUCGCCCCUUGAAUAUCUUCCAAGGACUCCGAAUGGGUCUAUCAUAAUCACGACUCGCAGCAAACGCAUUGCAUUGAACCUUGUCAAUGAAUGCGAUAUUAUAACGGUCAAGCCUUCUGAGAGUCAUGCAGUUGCUUUGCUCCAAAGAAAACUUCAGGAUAAGGUCGUCGCGGAUGAAAUGAGCCUGAAAAGCCUUGCUCGGGAACUUGAAUGGAUAGCACUGGCUAUUGUCCAAGCAGCAAAUUUCCUUGUAAGGCACUUCCCUCGAUGUACAGUGUCACAAUAUCUCCACAUGUUUCGAGACAGCAACGAAGCAAGGUUGAAUCUUUUGAGGCGACAAACAAGAUUGUUGCAUCGUGAUGGGAAAGCCGACAAUUCCAUCAUAGUAACCCUGCAAAUAUCCUUCGAAUCAAUCCAAAAAGAGAAUCCGCAGGCCAUGAAUCUUCUGUCUUUGAUGAGCUUUUUCGACCGACAAGGGAUCCCAGAUUAUCUACUGCAAGCAUCAUUCCAUGAUGAUAACGUCGAAAGUGACAGUGAUAUCGAUGAAAGCUAUACACCGUUUGAACCCGUUUACCAGAGAGAGAAAGCAAAUAAACAGGCCUCGGCAGAUUCAAAUGGGAGCAAUGAUGGCAUGGCUCCAUUCACUCUGUCUCAGUUAGAAUUCGAGGACAAUGUUGCUACGCUCAAAGACCACUCUUUCAUUUCCAUUGAUCCCGAGACACUUACCUUUGGAAUGCAUGGUCUUGUGCAACUCGCGAUCCAGGAGUGGCUCAACACGCAAGGAAGGCUCGAGCAUUGGAAAGAGAUAUUUAUCCAGAAUCUGUAUCUGGAAUUUCCGAAAUUUACCAAUUUCGAAAAUAUCUCUAGAUCUCGAGCCUUGUUCCCCCACGUUCAGUCGGCAUUAUCCCACGGUCCAGAUCCAAAUCAUCGACUGAGAUGGGCCAGACUAGUUCGUCAUGCCUCUGAUUACGUGCUCUUCUGCGACAAACCGAAUGAAGCGAAACGUAUGACCGUCAUCUCACGGAAGGAAGCCGAGGCUAGUCUCGGAUGGGAAUUUCCAGAAACAAUAAUUGCCUCCGCCUUGGAAGUGAAAGCAUUGAUUAAGUGCGAAGACUACAAAACUGCUGAGGAGCGAUGUCUCCAAACGAUCGAAGCAUGUAUUAAUUUUCAUCUGGAAACAGGGUACAAAGUCUAUCUCGCAUUUCGCCAGCUUCUCGCCCAGAUACAUCGCUACCAAGGCUCUCAUCGGUGGGCUGAAUCUGAAUCCGAAUAUAAAGAGCUAUGGAAGACGUGGGAGCGAGAUCUUCCGGACGACGAAUGGUCCAUUACCUCCAUCAAGGCAGAUCUAGCCAAACUCUAUCAGGAGCAAGAUCGUCUUGACGAAGCGGAGAUACUACUUCAAGAAGUCAUAGAAUCACACAAGACGAUCCAAACAGAUAGCCCUCGAGACUUGAAUGAUUACAUCAAGGACUUGGCAAAUUUGUACCGAAUCCAAGGUCGACAUGAAGAAGCGGCUACACUUCUCGCGCAGGUGCUUGUAAGCCAAGAAGGUCAAUUUGGACGAGAGGAUCCGCGAACACUUUUAAGCAUGAGGGCCUUUGCACGCGCAUUGGAGACCCAAACUCAGCCCUGGGAAGCGAUGUUACUCAUGAAAGAAGUCUUCGAAAAGCAGAAAAUGGUUCUUGGACUUGACCAUGCGGAAACGGCGCACACCGCAGAUCUACUGGUUGACUUACUAGUAGAAAAUGGCGAGCUAGAAGCCGCCGCAUCUCUAGCCGAAAGCUUGAUUCGAUAUCUUGACCCAGAUGCUCAUUUUGCCCUCGUCUCUUCAUAUAAACUUGGAGCAAUAUAUUUAAAACAAGGUCAAGGAGAGAAGGCUAGGGAUAUCACAACCAAAACACUCGAACGAAUGAGACAACUUCUCGGACCGGAGCAUGAUGCUGUGAUCGACGCCCAAUUCGGUCUGGCAAUAUGUCACGAAAAGCAAGGCCAGUUUUGUGAGGCCGAGGCUCUCCAUCAGCACAUGUACCAGGUUCUCCAGCGGAGUCUUGGAAGCGAAGACCCAAAAACACUCACAAGUCUUCAACGCCUUGUAGAUCUCUAUCUCAUGCAAGAUGGUCUGGUCAGUGAUGAAUCACUAUGCUCGAUGCUAUCUCAACUCUCCAGAUCAUGGGAAGCAGUUCUUGGUAGAGAGGAUCCUGAAACUCUUCUGACACUAUUCAGACUGUCGCUGGUACAUGCUUCGCAGGAUAACUGGCUUGGUGCUGCUGAUUUACAGCAAGAAAUUCUUGAGAUCUGCAUUCGAAACUCAGGGAAUAGUUUUGAUUUGCUACCACUUCUGCUGCAUGCAUUGGUUGGCAGCUGGGAAGAUCUCGGCCGUGAUGAGGAUGCUGCAUGCCUGAAAAGACACAUCGACUUCAUUUCGGACGACAUGUCCGCUGGAGAAAUUGCGACGAUACUGAGUUCCUCGAAAACUUUAGCAGGCGUUUUGGAAAGGUCAUCUUCAUUUACACAAGCGUCAGUGGGCGUGUAUUCAACCUGA